AUGGCCUACACAGAUGAUGCCGUGCUCUCCAAGCUCUCGGCACUGAAUGAAAGCCACGAUAGCAUCGCAACCACAGCCCAAUGGAUUAUGUUUCAUCGACGACAUGCAUCUCAGACAGUCCACCUUUGGUUAACGAAACUAAGAGACCUACCCAGCGCGAAGAGGUUGAAUAUGAUCUAUCUGGCAAACGCACAACCCUGUUUGGCGCAUCCAAAUUGUAUCUGGAUUUACAAUCUGGUCGUGUAUGUUCUGCUAACCCAAUUUCCGUCAAUAGAAGUGACACAGCAGUCAAAGGCCCGCCAUAAAGACGACUUCCUCAACGCGUUCACGCCAUUCAUUGCGGAUGCCACGGCAGUAGCAUAUAAAGGCGCUACAGCAGACGUCCAAUCCAAGUUGCGAAGGGUUGUGGAUGUGUGGAAAGAGCGCGGCAUCUUCGACAGAGAGGUCUUACUGGAUUUGGAAGCUAAGCUGGCCGAGAUCGAUAAGACACGGCCCGCAGCGAACGUCGGUGGCUUUGGCGGUCCUAUGUUCAGCUCUGCAGCCUCGGCAUCUUCGAUACCCCCAGAGCUCGCUCCCUUGGUGGCGCCGCAACAGGCCGUCACGAAGAGCCUCCAGCCAAUGAAGAGCGCACUCAAUUCGGCCAACACCGAGUACGAGAGGCUCACCGACCCAGCCGCUACCACAGCAGCCCUGCCGGUCCGGGCCGCGCGUCUUAAUGGGCUUCUCAAGUCCUUGGCCAAUGCUGAGGGCGCUGUCACAGAAUGCAUCCGGGCGCGGAGGGAGCUGCUCCGGAGUUUAGAGAAGGUUCUUGCAACGAACCGUGAAGCGCUUGACCUCGAAGAGCAAUUCAUGAGGGAGCUGAGUGGUCGCAGGACUGAGAUCGAGCAGAAGAAGCAGUCGGUAGAACUCGCCAUUAUCAGCGGUCUCCCCGCGCAUAAUCAAGAGCAGUCGGCGGGUGACCGCACUUCUGGAAGCCCCGUUCCUGAGCCUGAGCGGCCGCAAGUAGAGGCCCUCACGCCACCUCACGUCCAGGACCAUGUUGGCGACAUGUACGAUCAGGCAGCCACCGCCUCCGAGCCUCAUAAUGGCCAGCCCAAUUCUGUCCCGUUCCACAGCAACGCGGUUCCAAUGAACACUCAAUCUCCAUUUGCGACCUCUGCUCCAGGGAUAGAGAUACUCUCAAACCUUGCGUCGCAAUAUCAGGCCGUACCAUUGAACGGAUCUUCUAAGAAACGCAAGAUUGAGGCAUCAGAAGAUUUUCCUGAUCUUGGCGGCGACGAUGGGAUCGAUGCGGAGGUCAAGGAGAUGCUCAGGAAGGACAGCCAUGGCUCCUAG